CCUCUCCCAGGGCAGAGCCCCCAGCCCGGCCAGGCCCCUUCCCGGCCCGGCCCCUGCCCCAGGGGGCCCCGCUCGGAGGGAAGGCUGAGGAAUCACGUCCAGAUUUCGCUCCAGAUCAUCCCAUCUUCCAGGGCACAGGGAAGGGAAAUGGCUGUGAUGGAGCCAGCACAGAUGCCGGUGACCUUCGAGGAGGUGGCUGUGUAUUUCACGAAGGGGCAGGGAGCUCUUCUGGACCCCGCUCAGAGAGCCCUCUACAGGGAUGUCAUGCAGGAGAACUAUGAGACUGUGACCUCGCUGGGAUUUCCCAUUUCCAAACCUGAGCUGAUCGCCCGACUGGAACGAGGCGAAGAACCGUGGGUGCCCGAUCUCCAGGCCUCAGAGGAAAGAGAGAUCUCGAGAGGCACCCACGCAGGUGAUGACAGAGUGAGUGAGAAUGAGGAGGGGAAUCAUCAUGAGCAUGUUCCUGGGGAAGUGGAACCACAGGGGACCUUUGUGCGAAGAGCUGAAGGGAAUUUUUUCCAGUGCUUGGAAGAGGGAAAAGCCUGGGGAAAUUGGCACAGGUCAGAGAGGCUGCUGGGAAAACACCCAAAGAAGAAAGUGGAUGAAUCCAUUCAAUGUUGGGCAGGAGACAAGGAUCCCACAGCCCAGCAGACAAAUCCCAAGGAAGAAAAAUCCUAUCAGUGCCUCGAAUGUGGGAAAGGAUUCAUUUUGAGAUCACACCUUGUGACACAUCAGACAAUCCAUACUGGUCAGAAACCCCUUCAGUGCUUGGACUGUGGAGAAAGCUUCAAUAACCGCUCAGACCUCAAUAACCAUAGGAGAGGCCAUUCAGGAGAGAAACCCAAUGAGUCCCUUGAGUGCAGGAAAUGUUUGAAUUGGAAAUCAGCACUAAUUACACACAAGAUAAGCCAAAUACGAGAGAGACCCCAUAAAUGCUUAGACUGUGGAAAAAGUUUCAUACAGAGGUCAGACCUUGUUAAACAUCAGGGAAUCCACACAGGAGAGAGACCCUAUAAGUGCUUGGACUGUGGGAAAAGUUUCACAUGGAGAUCAGCCCUUUUUAAACAUCAGGCAUUCCACACAGGUGAGAGACACCAUAAGUGCGUGGACUGUGGGAAAAGUUUCAUACAGAGGUCAGACCUUGUUAAACAUCAGGCAAUCCACACAGGAGAGAGACCCUAUAAGUGCUCGGACUGUGAGAAAAGUUUCAUACGUAGGUCAGACCUUGUUAAACAUCAGGCAAUCCACACAGGAGAGAGACCCCAUAAGUGCUUAGACUGUGGAAAAAGUUUCAUACAGAAGUCAGACCUUGUUAAACAUCAGGCAAUCCAUACAGGAGAGAGACCCUAUAAGUGCUUGGACUGUGAGAAAAGUUUCAUACAGAGGUCAGACCUUGUUAAACAUCAGGCAAUCCACACAGGAGAGAGACCCCUUAAGUGCUUAGACUGUGGAAAAAGUUUCAUACAGAGGUCAGACCUUGUUAAACAUCAGGGAAUCCACACAGGAGAGAGACCCUAUAAGUGCUUGGACUGUGGGAAAAGUUUCACAUGGAGAUCAGCCCUUUUUAAACAUCAGGCAUUCCACACAGGUGAGAGACACCAUAAGUGCGUGGACUGUGGGAAAAGUUUCAUACAGAGGUCAGACCUUGUUAAACAUCAGGCAAUCCACACAGGAGAGAGACCCCAUAAGUGCUUAGACUGUGGAAAAAGUUUCAGAGACAGAUCAGCCCUUUAUAAACAUCAGGCAAUCCAUACAGGAGAGAGACCCUAUAAGUGCUUGGACUGUGAGAAAAGUUUCAUACAGAGGUCAGACCUUCUUAAACAUCAGGCAAUCCACACAGGAGAGAGACCCCUUAAGUGCUUAGACUGUGGAAAAAGUUUCAGAGACAGAUCAGCCCUUUUUAAACAUCAGGCAAUCCACACAGGAGAGAGAAACCAUAAGUGCUUAGAUUGUGGAAAAAGUUUCAUAUGGAGGUCAUCCCUUGUUAAACAUCAAGCAUUCCACACAGGUGAGAGACACCAUAAGUGCGUGGACUGUGGGAAAAGUUUCAUACAGAGGUCAGACCUUGUUAAACAUCAGGCAAUCCACACAGGAGAGAGACCCUAUAAGUGCUCGGACUGUGAGAAAAGUUUCAUACAGAGGUCAGACCUUGUUAAUCAUCAGGCAAUCCAUAUAGGAGAGAGACCCUAUAAGUGCUUGGACUGUGAGAAAAGUUUUAUACGUAGGUCAGACCUUGUUAAACAUCAGGCAAUCCACACAGGAGAGAGACCCCAUAAGUGCUUGGACUGUGAGAAAAGUUUCAUACAGAGGUCAGACCUUGUUAAACAUCAGGCAAUCCACACAGGAGAGAGACCCCUUAAGUGCUUAGACUGUGGAAAAAGUUUCAGAGACAGAUCAGCCCUUUAUAAACAUCAGGCAAUCCACACAGGAGAGAGAAACCAUAAGUGCUUAGAUUGUGGAAAAAGUUUCAUAUGGAGGUCAGACCUUGUUAAACAUCAGGCAAUCCACACAGGUGAGAGACACCAUAAGUGCGUGGACUGUGGGAAAUGUUUCAUAAGACGGUCAGACCUUGUUAAACAUCAGGGAAUCCACACAGGAGAGAGACCCUAUAAGUGCUCAGACUGUGAGAAAAGUUUCAUACGUAGGUCAGACCUUGUAAAACAUCAGGCAGUCCACACAGGAGAGAGACCCCAUAAGUGCUUAGACUGUGGAAAAAGUUUCAUACAGAGGUCAGACCUUGUUAAACAUCAGGCAAUCCAUACAGGAGAGAGACCCUAUAAGUGCUUGGACUGUGAGAAAAGUUUCAUACAGAGGUCAGACCUUGUUAAACAUCAGGCAGUCCACACAGGAGAGAGACCCCAUAAGUGCUUGGACUGUGAGAAAAGUUUUAUAAAGAGGUCAGACCUUGUUAAACAUCAGGCAAUCCACACAGGAGAGAGACCCCUUAAGUGCUUAGACUGUGGAAAAAGUUUCAGAGACAGAUCAGCCCUUUAUAAACAUCAGGCAAUCCACACAGGAGAGAGAAACCAUAAGUGCUUAGAUUGUGGAAAAAGUUUCAUAUGGAGGUCAGACCUUGUUAAACAUCAAGCAUUCCACAAAGGUGAGAGACACCAUAAGUGCGUGGACUGUGGGAAAAGUUUCAUAAGGCGGUCAGAUCUUGUUAAACAUCAGGCAAUCCAUACAGGAGAGAGACCCCAUAAGUGCUCGGACUGUGAGAAAAGUUUCAUACGUAGGUCAGACCUUGUUAAACAUCAGGCAAUCCACACAGGAGAGAGACCCCAUAAGUGCUUGGACUGUGGGAAAAGUUUCAUACAGAGGUCAGACCUUGUUAAACAUCAGGUAAUCCACACAGGAGACAGACCCCAUAAGUGCUUGGACUGUGGAAAAAGUUUCAGAAAUAUAUUGGCCCUUGUUAAACAUCAGGCAAUCCACACAGGAGAGAGCCCCCAUAAGUGCUUAGAUUGUGUAAAAAGUUUUGUAUGGAGGUCAGACCUUGUUAAACAUCUGGCUAUCCACAGAGGAGAGAGACCCCAUAAGUGCUUGGACUGUGGAAAGAGUUUCAUACGGAGGUCAGACCUUAUUAAACAUCAGACAGUCCACACAGGAGAGAGACCCCAUAAGUGCUUACACUGUGGGAAAAGUUUCACACAGAGAUCAUCUCUUAUAACACAUCAGAGGAUCCACACAGGUGAGAGACCCCAUAAUUGCUUGGAUUGUCAGAAAAAUUUCACAAACAGAUCAGCCCUUGUUAGACAUCAGGCAAUCCACACAGGAGAGAGACCCCAUAAGUGCUUGGACUGUGGGAAAAGUUUCACACAGAGAUCACACCUCAUUAAACAUGGGAGAAUCCACACAGGAUCUAAACUUCUGUGACACAUGGCCCGAAAGGGUUAAGAAACUUGCAGAAUAAUUGACCCAUAUUCAACUUUUAGAGACAUGUUUGAAAAGUGUUUAAAUGGUAAUUAGGGCCAUUCCACAUUAGAUAGACUAGAACUUUGAAAUUUAAACUUUUAUUGUUAAAGACCUGGAAGAAGAUGGUAACUGUAGUAUAGUAGUAGAGCUAGGCAGCUCUCCAACACCACAUUCUGCAAGCCAUUACCCUCUGAUCCCAUUGAGGGUUACCAAAAGAAACUACACCAUCUGCUCAAGAAACUCCCUGAAAAAGCACAAGAGCAAAUCUGCACAGACACACCCCUAGGAUUCCGAGUAGGAGUAUUCUAUCUGCUACCCAAGAUCCAUAAACCUAGAAAUCCUGGACGCCCCAUCAUCUCAGGCAUUGGCACCCUGACAGCAGGAUUGUCUGGCUAUGUAGACUCCCUCCUCAGGUCCUACACUACCAGCACUCCUAGCUAUCUUCGGGACACCACUGACUUCCUGAGGAAACUACAAUCAAUUGGUGAUCUUCCUGAAAACACCAUCCUGGCCACUAUGGAUGUAGAAGCCCUCUACACCAACAUUUCACACAAAGAUGGACUACAAGCCAUCAGGAACAGUAUCCCCGAUAAUGUCACGGCAAAUCUGGUGGCUGAACUUUGUGACUUUGUCCUCACCCACAACUAUUUCACAUUUGGGGACAAUGUAUACCUUCAAGUCAGCGGCACUGCUAUGGGUACCUGAAUGGCCCCACAGUAUGCCAACAUUUUUAUGGCUGACUUAGAACAACGCUUCCUCAGCUCUCAUCCCCUAACACCCCUACUCUACUUGUGCUACUUUGAUGUCAUCUUCAUCAUCUGGACCCAUGGAAAAGAAGCCCUUGAGGAAUUCCACCAUGAUUUCAACAAUUUCCACCCCACCAUCAACCGCAGCCUGGACCAGUCCACACAAGAGAUCCACUUCCUGGACACUACAGUGCAAAUAAGCGAUGGUCACAGAAACACCACCCUAUACCAGAAACCUACUGACCGCUAUACUUACCUACAUGCCAAGCUCUACGAUACACUCACAUUUGCUCCAACCUCUCAGACAGAGACAAACACCUACAAGAUCUCUAUCAAGCGUUCUUAUAACUACAAUACCCACCUGCUGAAGUGAAGAAACAGAUUGACAGAGCCAGAAGAGUACCCAGAAGUCACCUACUACAGGACAGGCCCAACAAAGAAAGUAACAGAAAGCCACUAGCUGUCACCUUCAGCCCCCAACUAAAACCUCUCCAGCGCAUCAUCAAGGAUCUACAACCUAUCCUGAAGGACGAUCCAUCACUCUCACAGAUCUUGGGAGACAGGCCAGUCCUUGCUUACAGACAGCCCCCAAACCUGAAGCAAAUACUCACCAGCAAGCACACACCACACAACAGAAACACUAACCCAGAAACCUAUCCUUGCAACAAAGCCCGUUGCCAACUCUGUCCACAUAUCUAUUCAGGGGACACCAUCAUAGGACCUAAUCACAUCAGCCACACUACCAGAGGCUCGUUCACCUACACAUCUACCAAUGUGAUAUAUGCCAUCAUGUGCCAGCAAUGCCCCUCUGCCAUGUACAUUGGCCAAACUGGACAGUCUCUAUGUAAAAGAAUAAAAGGACACAAAUCACACGUCAAAAAUUAUAACAUUCAAAAAACAGUUGGCUAACACUCCAACCUCCCUGGUCACUCGAUUACAGACCUGAAAGUCGCAAUAUUACAACAACAAAACUUCAAAAACAGACUCCAACGAGAGAGUGCUGAAUUGGAAUUAAUUUGCAAACUGGACACCAUUAAAUUAGGUUUGAAUAAAGACUGGGAGUGGAUGGGUCAUUACACAAAGUAAAACUAUUGCCCCAUGUUUAUUUCCCCCCCCUACAGUUCCUCACACCUUCUUGUCAACUGCUGGAAAUGGGCCCUUUUGAUUACCACUACAAAAAAGUUGUUUUUUCCCCCCUCUCCUGCUGGUAAUAGCUCACAUUAACUGAUUUCUCUAGUUAUAGUGUGUAUGGUAACACCCAUUUUUUCAUGUUCUCUGUGUGUAUAUAUAUAUAUCUUACUACUGUAUUUUCCACUGCAUGCAUCCGAUGAAGUGAGCUGUAGCCCACGAAAGCUUAUGCUCAAAUAAAUUUGUUCGUCUCUAAGGUGCCACAAGUACUCCUGUUCCUUUUGUAGUAGUUGAUGUUUACCUUUAUCUUGUUAGAGGUUAACAAUGUAAACAAACGGUUCCUGUCUAGGGCUGUAUUCUGUUAAGUCAGAGAUCAAAAGGGAAUAUUAACAUUUAGAUUAAACUUGGGUGUAAUAAUGUCAUUGUCUGUAUGCCUCUUUAAAGUUUGUGGUUAACUGUCUAUGAACUGCUUUAUGGAUAAUUACCUUAUGUUAAUCCUUGUAAUUAUUUACCUGCGAUGUUUAGGAAAUAGAAACUUACUUCAAAAGCCUAUUGUUCACCCAAGGACUGCCUGCUGACGAGAGGCUGCAAAAAUCUCUAGAAAAAUUCUUGGGACCUGAUCCUUGUAUCUCAGAUCUUAAACUUUAUUCGGGGCGGAGUUUGAGUUGUGAGACAGAUCUCCAGUCCAGCUGGACCCCCCGAUAUUAAACAUUUGGACAUAGGACUAUAACCUGAUAAAAUGAUUCUGAAAAGGACUCUUUGCAAUUCUAAAGCACCAUCUCUGCAGUGAAACUGCCCUAAGGACUCUAUUCAUGUCUGUAUGUAUAAUGAUCUUUUAACCAAUACUCUCACUCUUUUCUCUUUUUAAUAAAUCUUAGUUUAGUUAAUAAGAA